UACAUUGGUGUUAUAUCACCUUCAAGUAAUGAAGUUGGUCCUUUCAAAUCUAUUGAAGAAUCAAUGAUAGCUCACUUGACCCCACAUAAUAAAAGACCAGAAGUUUAUGCAGUUCACUCUCUAGUAGGUACUGUAGGGGGUGCUCUUGGCGCUAUUUGUUGUGGUACAUUUUUAAGCUUUAUUAAAAGCCGUAAUUUUGUUGAAGAUGAUCUUCAAGCUUAUAAAUUAGUAUUUUUAAUAUAUGCUUUUAUUGCAUUUUUAAAAGUUAUUGUAAUGUUACUAUUAUCAGAAAAAACUGAGUUAAACGGUCACCUACAUGAAGAGUUAAGUUCAACUGAGGCUAUAAUAAAUGAUGAAUUGGCUCCGCUAAUUGAAGAAACUGAACAUUCAAAUGAAAAUAAAAAUGCUUUAUCGAAGGAAGCAAAAUCUGUGCUUUACAAAUUAUUAUUGGUCUUUAUGAUCGAUUCAUUGGGUAUGGGUUUCAUGACAGAUGGCUGGAUGGUUUACUAUUAUUCAAAUGUAUUCUCAAUGAGUUCUUUUGCAUUAGGUGCUGUGUUUUUCACAACUCAAUUCGUUAUGGCGUCAUCAACAUUACCGUCAUCUGCUAUUACAAAACGUUUCGGUCCUGUAAAAUCUAUUUUAAUGGUCCAAAUACCUUCUGCCGUUUUCGAAAUUUUUAUUCCAUUCUGUGAAUCUCAUUUAUCGUUAUCAUUAUUGUUUUUAAAUUUGUUUUUUGCUACAAUGGCUAUGGACGUCACACCAAGACAAAUUCUAUUAACAAAUAUUAUCAGACCUUCAGAUUUAACAAGAGUAAUGGGUAUAGUAAAUAUUGGUAAGACAUUCUCUCGUUGUAUUGGUCCAAUUUUUACAGGUAUAUUGGCCAGCAACGGUUUAUUAUGGUCAUGCUUUAUCAUCAGCGGUUUUGCUGUUAUUUUAGCAGACUUAAUUUUGGCAUUCUUUUUUUUGAAAAUUGAUUCAAAGUUAUUGAGACAACUUUCAUAG